CCUCUUUAGUCCUCUAACAUGGCGGCGGCCAGGAGGUUGAAACGCGUGGUUGCUUCGCAGCCAGGAUUUCUAAAGUUAAAUUCUUCUUCAGACCCCGUUAGUAGUCGAAGAAGACGUGUAAACAAAAAUAAAAAGAAGAACUGGAAUAAACACAGCGACAUAAACGAUGUGGAGGAGUUUUUAGAGGACGUCCGGCUGCAGGAGAGGACCACGGGGGGUCUUCUGUCUGAAAAGCCAGAUGACACUUUGUUCUUUGUGGAUGUUGGACAACCCAAGAAAGCUGAACAUAAAGCACCAGAACCUGUUGCACGGAAGAGGAGAGGUAAAGAGCCACGUCCUCUAAGGAUAGACCUGAUCCUACAGCAGAACUCCCUUGUUCCACCACCUAAAGAUGUUCUGGCCUAUCAGCAACCAAAUGCCAAGAAACUUCGCCGCAUUGCCCAUAGGGCAGAGGAGCUGGCAGCAAAAGGAGUGGUGACUCGUACACAGAAAAAGCUGCUAAACAGACGGCCAGUUGUCAGGACAGCCAAAAAGGCGGCUGUUGAAGCCAACAACAACCCAAACAGAGCCUAUUACGACAUAUGGGGACAGGAGGCCAAAGACUUGCGUGAUCCUUGGUUCCUUCAGCAGACUCGCAAGAAGCUUGUGAAGCGUCCAGAGAAGCUGAAUGAAAAGCCGUCCGUGCUUCCUGCUGUGGAGGUGAUCGCACCUGGAGGCUCCUACAACCCAGACUUCUUCUCCCAUCAAGCCUUGCUGCAGGAAGCCCAUGAGGUGGAGGUAAAGAAGCAAAAGGAGGAAUUAAAAACAGAGAAACAGCUUUCUUUUAACAAAGAGGACAAAGCUACAGAGGAGACGACCUUAAGAGAACUGGUGGAAGGGCUGGUGGAGGAGGAUGAGGUUGAAGAAGAAAUUACUCCUGAUGAGGAGGAAGAUGUGGCAGUGGGAGGCUCCACAGUGUCAGAGAAGAAGACAGAGAAACAGAGAAAGAGAGAGAAAGCAAACAAAGUCAAGGAGCAGCAACGACUUGCUGACAAGCAACAGACCAAACGGCAGCAGCAGCUUUUCCAGCUUCGCUCCAUAAAGGCGUCAAUCAAACAAGAUGAAGAGAAGACCAAAGCCAGACAGGUGCUCCGCAAGGCCAACCAGGAGGCUGAGAAAUCUCAGCCCAGGCGCCUCGGCAAACUCAGGUUCCAGCCUCAGGACAUGGAGGUUCAGUUGAGUGAUGAGUUGGCUGGGUCUCUGCGACAGCUCAAGCCAGAGGGCAGCGUCCUUACAGAUCGCUUCAAGAGUCUGCAGAAGAGGAACCUGAUCGAACCCAGAGAAAGAGCCAAGUUCAAGAGGAAAUACAAGCUGAAAUAUGUGGAGAAGAGAGCUUUUAGAGAGAUCACCUAGGUCGUGUGCACAGACCACAGGAGCACAAAUGGCUGGGCAACAUUCACAGCCAAAAAUGUAAAAUAAUGGAUUUGUGUGUAUACAACUUAUUGACUACAGACGGUGUCCUUAACCCCUUCAGACGAUUGUGACCUCAAAAAAGGAUGUGUAAAGUACAACUUGGAUAAAUAUGUAUAAACCAUUUUAAAAGCCACAA